AUGGCUGUCGGAAAGAACAAGCGUCUCUCGAAGGGAAAGAAAGGUCUCAAGAAGAGAACCCAAGAUCCUUUUAUGCGAAAGGAUUGGUAUCAAGUUAAGGCACCUUCCUCGUUCAACGUUAGAGAUGUCGGAAAGACUCUUGUCAACAGAACCACCGGUAUCAAGAACGCGAACGAUGCUUUGAAGGGUAGAAUUUUCGAGGUUUCUUUGGCGGAUCUCCAGAAAGAUGAGGACCACGCUUUCCGAAAGGUCAAGCUCCGUGUCGAUGAGGUUCAGGGAAAGAACUGCUUGACCAACUUCCACGGUCUCGACUUCACAUCCGACAAACUCCGAUCGCUCGUCCGAAAGUGGCAAUCCUUGAUUGAGGCCAAUGUCACAGUCAAGACCACCGAUGACUACCUCCUCCGUCUGUUCGCUAUUGCUUUCACCAAGAGACGGCCAAACCAGAUCAAGAAAACCACCUAUGCCGCUUCUUCCCAGAUCAGAGCUAUCCGCAAGAAGAUGACCGAGAUUAUCCAGCGUGAAGCUUCAAGCUGCACCCUCACACAACUCACCACCAAGCUCAUCCCAGAAGUUAUUGGUCGUGAGAUCGAGAAAGCCACACAGGGAAUCUACCCAUUACAGAACGUCCACAUCCGCAAAGUCAAGCUCUUGAAGGCACCAAAAUUCGACUUGGGCGCUCUUCUCAACCUCCACGGUGAAUCAAACACAGACGAGUCAGGACAGAAGGUUGAGCGGGAGUUCAAGGAGAAGGUUUUGGAUGAGGUAUGA